UGAAGAAAUAGUGCUUAUUUUACGGAAAUCAAUUCCACAUUGCCAUUUUUCUUUGAUAGAAUCUAUUGUGUAGUGCCGCGGUCCAUCUAAACCAUGCAUCUGUUGUCAGUGUUGCUGAUAAGCUUCCUUCUUCAUUUUGUUACUCCUGUUAGAUGGAUGUCCAUCGCUUUGAGUGGUACAACGUUUGAAAAUGAAAACAUGUGUCACAUUUUAAAAGGAUUGAACAAAAAACAAGUUCGUGUUUGUAGAAGAAAUGUUGAACUGAUGAAUAGCGUUAAGAAAGGAGCUGAAAUAGCGAUAGCAGAAUGUCAGCAUCAAUUUCAAUAUCGUAAAUGGAAUUGUUCUACAGUAAACAAAAACAACGAACCUGUGUUUGGAAAUGCACUGAAUAAAGGCACAAGAGAAAGUGCGUUUGUCAGUGCACUUUCUGCAGCGUCUGUCUCUUACUCUGUAACGAAAGACUGCACAUCUGGACAACUAAAAAGUUGUUCGUGUGAUACAUCAUUGAAAAGAAAGCAACCUCAACUUAACGAAGAGAAUUGGCGCUGGGCUGGAUGUAGUGACAAUGUCAACUUUGGAAAUAGUUUUUCAAAAAGUUUUCUCGAUGCUCGAAUACGUGAACGACAAGACUUCAGUCGUGCAAGACUUCUUAUGAAUAUACACAAUAACGAGGCCGGACGGACAAUAUUGUUAAAUAAAAUGAUAAAAACGUGCAAAUGUCAUGGUGUGAGCGGUACUUGUGCUUUGAAGACGUGUUGGAGACAACUACCCUCCAUAAGAACUGUUGGUGAUGUAUUGAAAGAUAAAUUUGAUGGGGCGAGCUUCGUUAAAGAGACUAGAACUGGAGGAAGGCGUAUCUUAGUACCAAAAUACGAUAAAUUAAAACCACCUACAAUUUCAGAUCUAGUUUAUCUUGAAGCAUCGCCUAACUUCUGUCAACUGAACAAGCAGACGGGAUCAUUAGGCACAAAAGGACGUCAAUGUAAAAUCAAGUCACGCGCAAUUGAUGGUUGUGAUUUGCUUUGUUGUGGCCGAGGUUAUACUUCACGAAAAGUUCUUGUUUAUGAAAAAUGUGACUGUAAAUUUAUAUGGUGCUGUUAUGUUCGUUGUAAAUCCUGUCAAAGGACUUUGACUGUGCACACUUGCCUUUAACCUAACUAACCAUAAAUUAUUAAACUUUUAUCUAUGUGCCAAAUUAUACCUAUCCCAUCCUAUCCUCAUUGAUCCAACCUUGGCCUUGAUCUACAAUAUGUCAAUAAACAAACUUUUGAUUUGAUCUUAUCUUAAUGUUAAUUUCUUGUGGUGCAUUAUGUAAUUAUUAUAUUAAAUAAGCUUUUCAUUGACCAAACAUGAGAUGAAACAAAGAUCAUACAAAAUGACAAAAUAAACUUUAUUAAACGCAAUAUAUUUAUCACAACA